AUGGAAUUUAAGAGGACCGCUGGGGCCACCCAAACUGGGAGCUAUUAUCCUGUCCUCAAGAUGCAGCCUUAUAUGCUCGAAAAUCCAGGGUUGGCCAACCUGGACCCAGCACAGGGUAAACGUGUUUUCCCCAAAGUCUUCGCCAUCCCUCUCCGCGGCACCGACCUCGAAGCUUGGGCUAAACGCCACUUUCCCGACGAGGUGCUUGUCGGCACUGCCGCGCACUACGCGUUCCGGACGAGAGCGCCCGCUAUGCUUCCCCCUGAAAUAACUCGACUGGUGUACGUCGUCCUUCCGACGGAGGAUAAGACGUCGUAUUGGGAGUCUCUGGCCUUGGUUAUUGGGAGCAACCUUAGCGGGACGGAUAUGAGAAGGGCGGAGGAUAAGGAGCUUGUCGCGAAGGUCAGAAAGGUAUUGGGUGUCGAGACUCCUCCUGGAUGGCAUUACUUUUACACCGAGUACUAGUCAUGCAAGUAAGUGAAAUAUCUGUUUACGAAGAGCACUGGACAACUAACAAGUCACAGUCGAUGCCGCCAGCCAUCAAAUUCACGCCUGGCUUGUUGUAUGUUCCUGUUCACAUGAUUGUUGCUCCCCUCUUGCUUUCGUUUCGCUGUCCUGUAUGUUCUCAUCUCGCUAUCGUUCACACCGCACCUGCAUGCAAACGUACUUAGUAGUUAGUACCGUCUAUUAUUCAAACAGUUUUCAAGCACA